AUGACCUCUUUCGCACCCAUCGACCCCGUCAAGGCCAAUGGGCCAAGCAACAAAAAGCGAGUAGCAUACUUCUACGAUUCCGAUGUUGGAAACUAUGCCUACGUUGCUGGUCAUCCCAUGAAGCCUCACAGAAUUAGAUUGGCGCAUAGUUUGAUUAUGAACUAUGGAGUUUACCAGAAGAUGGAAAUCUACGUAAGUUCUGUCAGGAAAACCUCAACUUGGCACUCCCCUCUUCCCCAUAACCCCGUAUCUUUGCGCAAAUCUUCAAGUCGAAAUCCAAAUUCAAGUUCCACUGCAACUUCAACUUGGAUUCGAGCCUCAGCCUCAGCUUUGGUGGAAUUUUGUACCUCAAAUACCUGCUAAUUCUCUAACAGCGAGCAAAACCUGCGACCCGCCAUGAGAUGACACAAUUUCACACCGACGAGUACAUUGACUUCCUCCAGAAGGUUACCCCGGAUAACAUGGACUCGUUUUCCAAGGAACAGUCAAAGUACAAUGUUGGAGAUGAUUGCCCAGUCUUCGACGGUCUCUUCGAGUUCUGUGGAAUCAGUGCAGGUGGUAGUAUGGAAGGAGCCGCAAGACUUAAUCGUGGCAAAUGCGAUAUCGCCAUCAACUGGUCUGGUGGUCUGCAUCACGCAAAAAAGAGCGAGGCAUCGGGAUUUUGUUAUGUGAAUGGCAAGUAUUGAAGCCUCAUUCUCGAGACUCGUUCUAACGUCACCUUCAGACAUUGUUCUCGGCAUCAUCGAAUUGUUACGAUUCAAAAAGCGAGUUCUAUAUAUCGACAUUGACGUCCACCACGGUGACGGAGUUGAAGAAGCUUUCUAUACUACCGAUCGUGUCAUGACGGUCUCAUUCCACAAAUAUGGAGAAUACUUUCCUGGUACCGGUGAGCUUCGAGAUAUCGGUGUCAGCCAGGGUAAGAAUUACGCUGUCAACUUCCCGCUCCGAGAUGGAAUCAACGAUGAGACCUACAAAUCCAUCUUUGAGCCAGUCAUUCAGAGCGUGAUGGAUUACUACCAACCCGAGGCAAUUGUGCUCCAAUGUGGUGGUGACAGUUUGUCAGGCGAUCGUCUCGGUUGUUUCAAUCUAAGUAUGAGAGGUCACGCAAAUUGCGUUGAAUUUGUCAAAAGCUUUGGAAUGCCUACACUGGUUCUCGGAGGAGGUGGUUAUACGAUGCGAAACGUUGCUCGUACUUGGGCAUACGAAACUGGUGUUCUUGUCGGACAAGAAAUGACCCCCACACUUCCUUACAAUGAAUACUAUGAGGUAAGUCUUUCAUUUAUCGGAUCAUGAGAAACUGAAAUGCUGACUACUACAAGUACUAUGGCCCUGAUUACGAGCUUGAUGUUCGUUCGUCAAAUAUGGAAAACGCCAAUUCGAAAGAUUACCUAGAAAAGAUCAAGAUUCAAGUUAUCGAGAAUCUCAAGAAAACCGCCCAUGCACCAUCAGUCCAAAUGACGGAUGUGCCUCGAACUACGCUCACAGGUGCUACGGACAAUGAUGAGGAUGAGCUGGACGAUCAAGAUGAGGACGAUAACAAAGAUACUCGUCGCACUCAACGUCGAUGGGAUGAGCGCAUUGUCCGAGACGAUGAACUUGAUGAAAGUGAAGACGAGGAAGAGAAUCGAGCAAAUGGUGUCAGUGUUCAGCCUGGAAAAGUUAAACGACGAAAUAUUAUGGACUACCAAAAUCCCAACACCGUUGCUUCUGAUGUUGAGAUGGACAGUGGAGUGGCUACUCCGGAGAUUCGAAAUGGUGUCGAUGAGGUUGUUACGGCGAUGGCCAUAGACGCAAAUGCGGAAGUUAGUGCUGAGCUGAUGGAAAAGAAAGCACUUGAACCUGUGAUUGUCGAAAACGGCACAUCAAUUGCACCAUCAAAGGCUGACCCGCCAAAGCCAACUACUGUCGACCAGGACGGGGAUAUUGAGAUGAAUACAGAUGCACCAGAAGAAACGCCAGCACCCGUUCUUCAGGUGGAAAAGGCGCCCUCACCGGUUCCAGUUCCAGUAGCAGCCCCACUCUCACCAAAACCAUCGCCGAAGGCUCCUACACCUCCAGUCGAAGAGACACCCAAGCCGACCGAGUCUACCGAGCCUACGGAAGUCAAGCAGGAAGUUGCCCCUAUUGUUGAGGAGAAAGCCAAGGAGCCGGAGCCGGAGAAAGAGAAGGAGAAGGAAGUUGUUACGGAGGCCGCCGCCCCCGAGACCGCGAUGCAGACAGAUUCAUGA